AAGAAGGAAGGAAGGAAGAAUGGAGGCAGAAGAAAUGGAGUACCUGUAGCUUUGUAUUUAAUAGAAGCCAUUGACGCCUUCCAUUUCCCUCUAUAUUAAGGCUGGCGUUCUUCUUGGAUGUGGAGCAUUUCCGCUUGGUUGUGGAUUCAGAGGGAGGAGGAAGGAUGAGCUGCAGCCGGAGAAGCGAGAAGGUGGACCUGAAGCUGAACCUCUCGCUGCUGCCGUCCGCCAGCGGCCGCGACGAGGCCUCUCCUCAGGGGUACGCUUCGUCCUCAUCGUUGUCGUCCCCGAGCUCGUGCUUGUCCUCGGAGGCUGAGCUGGGGCUGAGGUCCCCGGUCAGCCCCACGGCGGCGCCGUCCAUGGUGCUCGCCGGCUGCCCGCGCUGCCUCAUGUACGUCAUGCUCUCCGCCGCCGACCUCAGGUGCCCCAAGUGCAGCAGCACCGUCCUCCUCGACUUCUACGGCGGCGGCGCCGCGGCCACCACCACCACCACCACUGCCACCAAGAACAAGAAGGGCAGGAUGAGCUAAGAUUGUUAGCAUGUCUCUUCAAUGUAAAUGGGACCUUUGUGUUUGCUUCUGCAGGAAUCAGAAAGGUUUUCCACAA